AUGCUUGUGAGCGAAAAGUUCAGUAACGUUUCCCUGCGUCGAAAUCACCGACUGGCAAACAUGCAAGGUGUCAGCUUCCCGUGGACGAAGCUAGAGACCUUCUUCAAGCCCACCGACCUAGCAAGCCUUCUCUGUGAUGGUGAGCCUACGAUCAAGGUAGCGCGGGAUAUUUUGAAUAUGCGGCCAGAACAGCGCACGUACGUUCAUUCUCCACGAUUACUGGACCAAUCUUCGACCUUCUUGCGCAGUUUACUUCCCAAUGAGAUGCGUCAACCGCUUCGUACUGUGACUUGCCAAUACACACCAGACCGGGAACUUGUGAUCAGCCCUGUGGAGGCUCAUCCUGGCAUCACUGUCGGGCUGGAAGCAGCCCAUGCUUUCAAAUUUGCCCCGCCCUGGUGUCGCAUAACCGAUCAAUUCGGCCAGAAGUCCGAACGUUGCCCCCACAAUCUGAGCGGCCGGUGCCGACUCGCAACCGGCGUGCAGCCGGCGAGACUCGACGCUCGAGGGCGUCUCACUCAACUCGAGAUCUGGCCGGCCCACCUGACUCCCGUCGUAUCGGUAGCGAUGAAGGCUGACCUCGAGGCCAAAAUCUCGCAGGUAGCUGAGGACGAAGAGGAAUCACCAUAUCUAUCGGAGAGUGGGGCCAAUGUGGCUACCCCGUUGGAGCAUGUCGGCCCAAAAGCCGGCUGCUUGCAUGUCGCGGGCUUCAAUCGACAGCCAACCCGAAAGCUGCUCGUCCUCCUCACGGGGAUCAUGCAAGUCAUGAAUAGUACCGUCGGCUCGUCGAUUUGCAGCAAUGCCAUCCCUCAAAUCGCCAAGGAAUUCCGCAUCACCAAUCAGCAAAUGCUGGUCCUCCCCAUUUCCAUCUUUCUCAUCGGCUAUAUCGUGGGCCCGUUGAUGUGGGGACCGAGCUCGGAGUAUUUUGGUCGACGGCGGCCUUUGCUCGUCGCCUUUAUCGGCUUUAUGAUCUUCACUCUCGCCUGCGCAGUGGCCAAUUCCUACACUUCUCUCCUGGUAUUUCGACUCUUUAAUGGAAUGAUGGCGUCCUCGCCGAUUGCAAUCACGGGGGGCUUGUUUGCGGAUGUACAUGAUGAUCCUACGCUGCGCGGUCGCCUCAUGGCUUAUUUCAUGGCGUGCACGACCUUUGGUCCUAUCAUGGGGCCAUUUAUCUCUGGGUUUGUCGUCGAAGUUAGUUGGCGAUGGUGUUUCUGGAUCGGACUGAUUUUUGCUGGCACAACGUUGCCUUUGGUUGCUCUCAUGCCCGAGACUUAUGCCCCCGUCAUACUCACUCAGCGGGCCCAGAAGCUUAGAAAGGAGACGGGGAAUUCAAACAUUGUGUCUCCCUUCGAGUUUGAAAGUCGUGACGUCCGUGCUACCUUUUUGAUCACCAUCUCGCGACCUUUUCGGAUGCUUCUUCAUGAGUCGAUUGUCUCGUUGACAUCGCUCUAUCUGGCGCUGGCAUACGCAAUUUUCUACCUCUACUUUGAAGCUUAUCCCAUUAUUUUUCAAGGGAUCUAUAAAAUGAGUCCUGGAGUGUCGGGAUUAAUGUUUUUACCAAGUGAGUCCAUCCUCACCCUUCCCCUCGAACCUUUCCAAACCACGCACAUCCAACUGAACCUUCCCAACAACACCACAGUCGGCGUGGGCGCAAUUUUCGCAUGCUUCAUCUUCAUCUGGUACGACGGCUUCCUUGCCCGAGCCAAAGCCCGCCAAGCAAGUUGGGCAAAUAUCGAAGAAUACCGUCGUCUCCCACUCGCCUGUAUCGGCGGACCCCUGUACGUGAUCUCGCUCUUCUGGAUCGGAUGGACCGCCUCUCCCACCAUCCACUGGGUUGUUCCAUUCUUGUCCGGAGUACCCUUUGGAAUGGGAUAUCUGCUCAUCUUCAUGGCCAUGCUGAACUAUCUCACCGAUGCCUACGAGACGCUCUCGGCGAGUGCGCAAUCGGCAUCAAGUUGUACGCGAAGUAUGCUGGGCGCGGUUCUCCCGCUUGCCGCAAAGCCAAUGUUUGAUAGAUUGGGAGUUCAUUGGGCGUGUAGUCUGAUUGCGUUUCUUAGUCUGGGGGUCUCGGUGAUUCCGUUUGCGUUUAUUCGCUAUGGGGAUCGUAUUCGGAGUACGAGCAAGUUUUGUCAAGAAUUGAAGAGAAUCAAGGAGGCGGAGCGUUAUGAGAUGGAGAGGGAGGAUGCGGCGGAAAAGAAGUUCUUCAAGGGUCGCUGCCAGAUCCUACAGCCUAGACACCCAGCACAUUGUCAUGGAUAUACCCCGAAAACGCCUCAUUGUGCCGCCGCAGAGGAGUUCAGCACUUAUUACGCCUUUGCUGCGUCACCCUUGGCUACAAAAGAGCCUAAUGCAUCGUGGGUCCCUGCGCCUUUACCCCCGGGCCGAGGGCCAACCGAGACCUGGCCAAGUCUUGUUCUAGAAGCGGCAAUUUCUCACUUGACAGAAAAUUUAGGAGCAAACGCCGACUGGGAAUGGCGGACUAUAGACCCCAAAAGGGAAGUCCACGUGGUGAUGAUGGAAUCGAUUGAUCAAACAGCGGCUAAUGUGACAUUUGAGUUCGUUGUACCCCAGCAACCUGUUGCAUGUCUUUGUCACGGCAAGUUUCACCAUCAGUCAGAGAUCCAUAAGUUCAUCAUCGUCUGGUAUCUAGUGGGCUGUAAUGGAACUGUACUGGCUCUUGGAAAGAAUUUCAUUUUGAAAGACGAAGAAGAAGAAGAAGAAGAAGAAGAAGAAGAAGAAGAAGAAGAAGAAGAAGAAGAAGAAGAAGAAGAAGAAGAAGAAGAAGAAGAAGAAGAAGAAGAAGAAGAAAACAUUAACGGUCGCGAUACAGCUUUGAACAUACCAUAA